AUGAACCGAUCGGAAGUCUUCAGCCACAUCAUCAGCUUAGCACAAUCCAAGCUACUUUGUUCAAAUCAGCUGCCCCUACCGCAAAACCUCACCGAACAUCAAGCCCUCGCAUUGCUAGGUACUACAAUCCAGCCAAGUCUCAGCGGCACUUUGCACUUGAACUCCGAGCUAGUUUCAUCGCAUGCAGCUCAUUGUGACUACAUCUCACCCGGUCGUGACCUGAUUCUCGCUAAUUACCCCUCCCAGUUUAUCUUGGCAUCUGCAGCGAAUAGAACUUUGGCAGACAAAGAAAUGCUCAUUUGCUGCAUCAAGAAGCUAACUGCCACUCUGCGCCUCGGACUUGAUGCCAGGGGAGUUGCUGGAGAGCUAGCCAGCAGGAUCAUUCUAUCAUGUGCGAUGCGCGAGGCUAUGCGAAAAUCGAAGGAAGAUCCUGUCGAAAUACCUUACGGUCGCUCAGUUCGAUUGGCCGACUUUUUGAAUGCUUUAACCGGUCGUUCAGAAGACGAGUUAGAGCUUGGCGUAGCUGAAGCUCUAGAAGAAAUGAUACAAGUCGAGCCGGAUUUGCGGUCGCUUCAUCAAGAUCAACCUGGAAGGGAAUACGCCCACACAGUCAACCCAUUGGUUUAUACUGGUCCCCAGAGCUGA